GUUUCCAUAGCAGCAGAAGGCAACGGGAAGAGCGCCGCGCGCAGCCUAGCGUGCCGUGCGGCGGGGCGCUCGUCCGCUCGCCGGGCGCGGCGCCCGCCGCCUCAGCUUGCCCGCCAUGAGCGUGCCGGAGGUGGAGGCCCUCGUCUCCCAGAAGUAUGAGAUCAAGAGGCGCCUGGGCAAGGGGGCUUAUGGCAUUGUAUGGAAAGCAAUCGAUCGCAGGACAGGAGAAAUAGUUGCUGUUAAAAAGAUUUUUGAUGCUUUCAGGAACAGAACAGAUGCUCAGAGAACAUUUCGAGAGAUUAUGUUCCUGCAGGAAUUUGGAGAACAUCCAAAUAUCAUCAAGCUGCUUGAUGUUAUCCGAGCUCAGAACAACAAGGACAUCUACCUCAUCUUUGAGUCCAUGGAGACAGAUUUACAUGCUGUGAUUAAGAAGGGGAAUUUGCUGAAAGAUAUCCACAAGUGUUACAUUCUCUACCAACUCCUGAAGGCAACUAAAUUCAUCCACUCAGGAAAUGUUAUUCACAGAGAUCAGAAGCCUUCAAAUAUCUUGCUGGAUGCAGACUGCUUUGUUAAACUUUGUGAUUUUGGGCUGGCCCGUUCUUUAUGUCAGAUGAAUGAGGACCAAGGCAACCCUGCUCUAACAGAGUAUGUGGCAACACGCUGGUACCGAGCCCCUGAGAUCUUACUUUCCUCUCGGAGUUACACUAAAGGUGUAGACAUGUGGAGCAUUGGCUGUAUUCUGGGAGAGCUGCUACUUGGAAAACCUCUUUUUCCUGGAACAUCAACAGUGAAUCAAAUAGAGCAGAUCUUGAGGGUCAUUCCUGCCCCAUCCCCAGAAGAUAUUUUGGCUAUGCAAUCAGAUUACAGGGCCUCAGUUAUUAACCGCAUGAGUUUCCGGCAGCGAGUAACAUUUGAGGAGAUUUUACCAUCCUCUACUCCAUUACCUGCCUUGGAUCUUCUGAAGAAACUUUUAGUAUUUAACCCUGAUAAACGACUCACAGCAGAGGAGGCUCUGCAGCAUCCUUAUGUGAAAAGAUUUCACUGUCCUGCCAUGGAGCCCUCUCUGGAUUAUGAUGUGAUUCUUCCUUUAGCUGAUGAUAUCCAGCUGUCUGUGGCAGAAUAUCGAAAUAAAUUAUAUGAGAUGAUCCUUGAAAAGAAAUUAAAUAGCCACCGAAAGGAGCAAGUGCGGAGAGAAAAUAUUCAACUAAGUCAGUCUGAAUCCAGGCCACUUCUUCCAAAUUCCAGUUCUGUGAAUUUAUCUACCAGGAAAGGUCAGAGAAUACCAACACCGCCUCUUCUAAAAACUUCAGAUGUGCAUGCUGGAACUACAUCUAGUGUUCAGCCAGAAGUAUCCAGGCAGAGUGAAGAUUUAGCAAGAACUUUAUGUCAGAGAUCAAAGAUCAACAUGAUAUACAAUCCCAUAACGCAUACUGCUGUUCAAAGUAAUGCAAAUUCUGGUGCUGUGAUCAAGAACUGUUCUGCACCACCUUCUCAACAGGCCAGAAUCUCCAACAAUAGGAGACUGGGGAGACAAAUCACAUGGGCAAAUGCAAAUGCUCAGCUACCUCCUACAAGUGUACAGAACCUUUAUAAUAAUCCAAGAAAUACUCAGUUUCACAGCAAAGAUGUUCAUCCGCUUCUGAAGUCCAGUAAAAAGACGUUCCAGAUUACUGCAAAUGUGGGAGCUGCUGGUGAUCCAAAAGCAUCAAUGGGCAGUUACUCCCAGGCCUAUGGAACCAUAUAUAAAUCUGCACUGCAGAGUCUUCCAAUAUCAAAAUCCUCCCAACAACAUGAGCAGUGAAUAUGGAAAUGUUCUAACCAGGUGAAGUACAGCUCAUCUUAUCAGUCCCCUAACUGAGCCAGUAACAGCAAGUGAGAGCAAAAUGUAACAGGCAUUUGACAGUCACCCCAGCUGAAGGAAAAUGCUUUAUUCAUUGUAUGGAACAAGGUACUACUUUCUUCUGGACAAACCAACAGGAAAGAAAAUCUAACCCCUGUGCCUUCCGGUCUUACCAGACAAGGGCACAGCACUAUUUGCUCCCAUACUGUGAGAACAAUGAAUGCUGUCAGUUCGUAUUCCUCAUUUGAAUUAUUGCAAAAAAUUACAGAAAACUGCAAUAUUGUGAUACUUGAAUGUAUUUAGACAUAUUCAGAAUAUUCAGGGCCUUUAGAUAUACUCAGACACAUUCAGGGCCUAUGUGAACCUCAUGAAGUUCAAGGUCCUGCAAGUGCAAGGUCCUGCACCUGGGUUGGGGCAAGCCCCGGUAUCAAUACAGGCUGGGGAAUGAAAGGAUUGAGAGCAGCCCUGUGGAGAAGGACUUCGGGAUACUGGUGGAUGAAAAAUUGGAUGUGAGCUGGCAACAUGCGCUUGCAGCCCAGAAAGCCAAGCGUAUCCUGGGCUGCAUCGAAAGAAGCGUGGCCAUCAGGUCAAGGGAGGGGAUUCUGCCCUUCUGCUCUGCUCUGGUGAGACCCCACCUGGAGCACUGCAUCCAGCUCUGGGGUCCCCAGUACAAGAAAGACAUGGACUUGUUAGGGCAGGUCCAGAGGAGGGACACGAAAAUGGUCCGAGGGCUGGAACACCUCUGUUACGAAGAAAGGCUGAGAGAGUUGGGGUUGUUCAGCCUGGAGGAGGCUCCGGGUAGACCUUACUGCAGCCUUUCAGUACUUAAAGGGGGUCUAUAAGAAAGAUGGAGAGAGACUUUUUACUAGGGCCUGUAGUGACAGAACAAGGGGCAGUGGUUUUAAACUGAAAGAGGGUGGGUUUAGAUUGGACAUGAGGAAGAAAUUUUUUACAAUGAGGGUGGUGAUACACUGGAUCAGGUUGCCCGGAGAAGUUGUGGAUGCCCCAUCACUGGAAAGUGUUCAAAGGUCAGGUUGGACGGGGCUUUGAGCAACCUGGUCUAGUGGAAGAUGUCCAUGCCCAAGGCAAGAGGGUUGGACUAGAUGGUCUUUGAAUGUCCCUUCCAAUCUAUUCCGUGAUUCUAUGAUUCUUUAGCGCUGCCUAAAUGCAGAUUUUUUUUUAACAGAACGGAUAACUAACUGUUCUCUGAAGACUAAGAAGACUAAACUCUUCACAGAUAAUCUUAAAGCACUUCAUUUUGUUUUCCACUAAUUUCUAUGACUCUUCUGGGGUAAAUUAACAUAAUCAAUGGUGGCUUAUGUUCAUUGAAAUCAAGUAGAAGAGCAUUUUAAAUAUAGGUGGAUUGUGCUACAAUAUUUAAUAGCUUAUCUACCAUGUAAUAUUGUAAAUAUUGUAAUAAUAAAUACUUUAUAUGGCA